UGUAACCAUCCAGAACUAGACGUCGAGUGUGUUGUUCCUCAUGUGGCGCUCAAAUGAAAGCUGAAACAUCCGUUUUGCUGGUCGACUUAAGAGACUGUAUAAGGGGAAUGAAGAUUUCCUUUCUCGGUAAACCUUUUGGACAACACAGUCCAACCUGUGGAUAGUACACAGAGCGCGUCUGUCCAGUCCCCGCGAUCUGGGACGCUCUGCUUUCCCUAAAGCUUGCUAAGCGCGUCUUCUUUUUUUUUUUUUUUACCACCGUUGGCGACUCGGGGUGGGAUCUGCGGUUCGAACUGAGCCUUGUGCAGGUAUUCAGUUUAUGAAUGGCACUAACAUGGAGGAAAUACCGUUUCAGAAAGUCAAAACCAGGCGGAAGAGAAGUCACUGUCCACCGGGUGUCCCCCUGACCACCAUCGCUUGCGAGGAUGAGUUCGACUGCAAGGAGCUGGAGUCUCUCUUCCAAAACUACAACCUGAAACUGGAGCAGACAUCCACGCUCAAAGCACUGGCUGUCCUCAUCUUCACGUCCGCGACGCUGGCUUUAGUGGAGCUGCUGUCCGGUCCGAGCCUCACCAUCUCCAAGGGGUCCCAUCCGGUCCACUGUGUCAUCUUCCUCUCUCUCUUCAUUGUAACUAACGUCAAGUACCUGCAAGUGACUCAGCUCCAGCAGAUCGUUAACCUGACACUUCUCUUCAGCUUCACGUUUUCCUUCCUCUGCUGCCCCUUCUCCCUGGGCGCCAUGGGACUGGAGCCCCCGACGUCCCCGGAGCAGGGCGUGUGGCAACUCAUCCUGAUCACCUUCGUCGCCUACGCGCUCCUGCCUGUGAGGACGCUCCUGGCUGUUGUGUUUGGAGUAAUGGUCUCCAUCUCCCAUCUGAUUGUGACUGCCACUUCUGUCACGGUGAAAACUCAAAAACUGUGGAGAACGCUGGUUGCAAACACGGUGCUGUUCACUAGUGUCAACCUGUCAGGGCUGUUUGUUCGCAUCCUGACUGAGCGGGCCCAGAGAAAAGCCUUCCUUCAGGCCCGCAACUGCAUUGAAGAACGGCUCCGAAUGGAAGACGAGAACGAGAAACAGGAGCGCCUGCUAAUGAGUCUGUUGCCCAGGAACGUAGCUAUGGAGAUGAAAGAGGAUUUCCUGAAGCCCCCUGAAAGGAUCUUUCACAAAAUCUACAUCCAGCGUCAUGACAAUGUCAGCAUUCUUUUUGCAGAUAUAGUUGGUUUCACCAGCCUGGCCUCUCAGUGCACAGCUCAGGAACUGGUUAAGCUGCUAAAUGAGCUGUUUGGAAAGUUUGAUGAGCUUGCCACGGAGAACCAUUGUCGCAGGAUUAAGAUACUGGGGGAUUGUUACUACUGCGUGUCAGGGCUGACUCAACCCAAGACUGACCAUGCUCACUGCUGUGUUGAAAUGGGUUUGGACAUGAUCGACACUAUAACGUCAGUUGCAGAGGCAACAGAAGUCAACCUUAACAUGCGUGUGGGUCUGCACACUGGCCGAGUGCUGUGCGGAGUGCUGGGACUCAGGAAAUGGCAGUAUGACGUCUGGUCAAAUGAUGUGACGCUGGCCAAUGUGAUGGAAGCUGGAGGACUACCAGGAAAAGUUCACAUCACCAGAUCAACACUUGAGUGCCUAAAUGGAGACUAUGAGGUAGAACCUGGAAAUGGCCAUGAAAGGAACGCCUUUCUCCAGAAGCAUGAAAUAGAAACUUUCUUUAUUGUGCCAUCUCACCGACGGAAGAUAUUUCCAGGAUUGAUUCUUUCGGAUAUAAAGCCUGCCAAAAAGAUGAAGUUCAAAACCGUUUGCUACUUACUGGUGCAACUCAUGCACUGCAGGAAGAUGUUCAAGGCUGAGAUUCCAUUCUCCAAUGUCAUGAACUGUGAGGAUGGCGAUAAGCGGAGGGCCAUGCGAACAGCUCCACAAAAACUGAGGAACCGCUCCAAUGCUAACCAGGCUAACUUGAUCCAGAGCAGUCCUAGAACCAGGGUCAACCGUUACAUUGGCCGGCUGAUUGAGGCCCGCCAAACGGAGUCCGACACAGCAGACCUCAACUUCCUCACACUCAUGUAUAAGUGCUCUGAGCGGGAGCAGAGGUACCACCAGGUUCCUGAUGAGUACUUCACCAGCGCAGUGGUUCUCUCUCUGAUCCUAGCGGCCUUGUUUGGAAUUGUUUAUCUUCUCAUCAUUCCACAGGGCACAGUUGUACUUGUCCUUCUCGUCUUCUGCAUCUGUUUCCUUGUAGCUUGUAUUAUGUACCUGCAUAUCACGAGAGUACAGUGUUUUCCGGGGUGCCUGACCAUUCAGAUUCGAACUGCUCUCUGUCUUCUUAUAGUGCUUUUAAUUUACGCUGUGGCCCAGGCUUGUGUUGUGGGUUGUAUGCCCUGGAUGUGGGGAAGUGCCAAUACAAACAGUUCCAUUAUCAUCAUAGAUGUGGACAGGGGAGCCAACCGCACCAUGGCCGAGCUGCCCUGUGAUGGGGCUCACUAUGCUUUUCUUUCCUGUGUAGUGGGCACCCUCACAUUAGCGCUUUUCCUGCGAGUAUCCUGGUUGCCAAAGAUGGCGUUGAUGCUCCUUUUGGGAGUGCUGUACAUCACUGUGCUGGAGCUCAGUGGCUUUCGCAAGACUGCAGGUGGGGGGUCUUUCCACAUCCGGGGUUAUGAGCCCAUCCUGUCUCUGUUGCUCUUUGUCAGUGCCCUGGCCCUCCACUCCAGACAACUUGACCUCAAGCUGCGCUUGGACUUCCUUUGGGCUGUACAGGCGGAGGAGGAACGAGAUGGGAUGGAGAAAGUAAAGCUGGACAACAGGAGGAUUCUCUUCAAUCUACUGCCUGCCCAUGUGGCUCAACACUUCUUAAUGUCAAACCCCAGAAACAUGGUGAGCCAUGCUAAUAAACAGGCAUGCAGGCAGACUGACCAACAGGAUCUGUACUAUCAGUCCUACGCCCAAGUUGGUGUCCUGUUCGCCUCAAUUCCAAACUUUAAUGAUUUCUACAUUGAACUGGAUGGCAACAACAUGGGAGUGGAGUGCCUGAGGCUGCUAAAUGAAAUCAUUGCUGACUUUGAUGAGCUUAUGGACAAGGAGUGCUACAAAGAUAUUGAGAAAAUCAAAACUAUUGGCAGUACAUACAUGGCAGCUGUUGGGCUUGUCCCCACCAUUGGCACCAAGGCCAAAAAAUCGGUUUAUGACCAUUUGAGCACAAUCGCAGACUACGCCAUAGAAAUGUUUGACGUGUUGGAUGAAAUCAACUACCAAUCGUACAAUGAAUUUGUCCUCAGAGUGGGUAUCAAUGUUGGUCCAGUAGUUGCCGGGGUGAUUGGAGCACGACGACCACAGUAUGACAUCUGGGGUAAUACAGUGAACGUGGCCAGUCGGAUGGACAGCACCGGUGUACCAGGAAAAAUUCAGGUGACCGAGGAGGUAUAUCGUAUGCUGAAUAGCAACUAUGAUUUAGUCUGCCGUGGUAAAGUCAGUGUAAAAGGUAAAGGUGAGAUGCUGACAUACUUUCUGGAAGGUAAAGUGCAGGGCAUUGGCACUGCAACCACUUCAUCGGUGAUGCGUUCCACCAGCCUGGCACGCCGCAUCCAUUCCUGUGGCAAGACAAGCGUGCCGACCCAUCUGGGCAGCGUGUCCUCCGCUGCCAGCCUGGCUGCUCAAGCCAGCAUGGGAGGCAACUUUCAGACGAGCUCUGCCAACAUUAGCAACAGCCAAGCAACAUGCCUCCCCUCACCCUGUGUGCUAGGUGAAGUGGAAGAUGAAGACGAUGUAGAGGUGACAGAGAUUCAAAUCGAGGCUGUGGCAGCCAUUGCAGAUGUAGCAGUGUAGGAGGAACGACAGGACAGUUUCAAAUGCAGCAGGAAGACCUGGAGAAGUCAGGGCUGUCCACGGAUUUCUCAAACAUCCUAGGAUCCUGACAUAACCCAAGAUGUUUUCGGUCAGGAUAACGUGCUGAAGUAUUAUAAAACUGACAAUCAAACUUGCUUUCAGAGAUUUUCUUAACUGAUUGCCUCUAUUCAGAGUUGAGCUGUGAAGGGAAGAAAGAUGCACCGAACUGCUCAACUUUCUAUGAACAUCGCUAUACCAGAUGAUUAGAUUUGUGGUGUUCUCGGGUUCCUGUGCAGGUAUAUCCAGGUAAUGUGUGCAACCUUGUUUUAUAUGAAGUACAUAUUCCCAUGUACAAGGAAUAUGUGUAUUGAUACCCAGAAAAAGACUGAUCAUGCAUUUGCUUUUGCACUGUCUUUCUGAUUAUGCCAAGGAUAUAUUGCAUUAUUUACAGACAAAACAGUUUAUUUAUAUUUUGGUGUAUGAAGGCAUGCAUGUUUAUAAUUAUAAGUGUGUGUAUGCAUGUGAGUUCAGUUUGAAAUUGUAACAAAACAGCACAAAAUCCUUUUUGUACUCACCUUUCACCGGAUGAAGCUGGCUUUUUAUGAAAUACGGCAGUUUAUCUUAGUGCAUGAUUUUUUAAAAAUGUCAAGAGCCAUAAGUGAUGAUACUCUGCUCGAGAGGAAAAACCAAAGUAAUGAUUUUAAGUUUUAGAAAUUUCACAGAGAUGGGAUCUUGCACUUGUUACUUUCAAACAUUAUUAACCAAUUUAAAAAGUGUCUUGUCUUGAUAUUACCUGGAUUCACAGAGUCUAAAGUAAAUGUUACGUGUAUGAAAACAUCAUAAACUGAUGGGGGGCUGUUUUCACGGUCGGUAUGCACUAAAAGAGCUAGAAGGAGUGAAAAAGUUUAGUUGAAUGUUGAAUGCGUGCUGCCACAGAAACUAGUUCAUGCCAAAAUGAGAAGGUUCACUUAAAAAAACACUACACAGAACACCAAUAAGCACACAUGAACAUACAGUGCCUUGAAAAUUUAUUCAUACCACUUGAACAUUUCCGCAUUUUGUCACAUUACAGCCACAUACUUUAAUGGAUUUUAAUAAGAUUUUAUGUGAAAGACCAACUCAAAGUAGAGUAUAGCUCUGAAGUGGAGUAAAAAAAUAAUUUCAGUUUAUUUAUAUAGCAUCAAUCACAGAAACAAUACUAAUUUUACGUUGCUACUCUUCUAUGAAGGACACGUCUGUGCGGUUCACCACUAAAAGCUGUUCUGUCAACAGUAUCUCCCACCUAAGCUGUGGAUCUCUGCAGCCCAUCAACACUCACCAUGGGCGUUCUUGUUGCUUCUGAAUAAUCUUGCACGUCUUUCAAUUCAGAUAGCUGACAGAAGCUUGGCUUCUUUUGUUAUAUUGUACUCUUUCCAAUUUUUGUCAGAUGAACUGAGAAGUGCAUUAGCAGAUGUUCAAAGUUUGGAAUAUUUGUUUAUAAAAUCUAGCCCUUCUUUAAACUUUUCCACAACUUUAUUGCUGGUUUUUCUACUGUGUUUAUUGGUUUCUGCUUGCCCACUAAUGCUCACAAACAAACCUCUGAUGCUUAUCAGUAAUGCUCUCCUUUGUGAUGGUCUAGAAAAUCCUAAAAAAUGGACAUUGAUGUUUGUGGUUGUUAUAUGAGAAAAUGUGAAAAUCCAAGGGGUACAGCUACUUUAACAAGGCACUGUAGACUAAUGGGAUAAGGAUGGCAUUCAUCCAUACACAAGGGAGCACUUACAUGGUAAUAAGCACACCACUUCUAUAAAUGCAUGACCUUUAAGUGUUUUAAAUCCUUAGUCUGUGUACAUUACCUUAUUUUCUUGAGGCUGCAGAAACUUUGGUGCCGUGUCUAUAGCUGCUAAUGUUUUUCUUCAGGCUUAUACAUUACUGUACAACUGCUUUUCAGUAUAAUAAAGCUAGAGUUUAAGAAUAACAUUAAGCACAUAUCUCUCAGAUGCAGUUUCAUAAAUAUGAGGCAUGUCAGAUAUCUUUAUAGCCUGUAUCUUUAAGUGCAUAGACAUCUUCACUUGAUAAGGAAAAGUGUGAUUACAUCACGUUUCAAGUUUUUUGCCUUACUCAAUAAGCUUACAGUGAUUGCAACUUGCCUUUUUAGAUUUAUUCACUUUGAUAUGCAGAUCAUAAUCUUUUUUUGUAAAUAGCCAAAACCUGUAAACUAUGUUGUAUCUUGUACAGUGUAAAGUUAUUGAAUAUUUUGUAAUAAAUACAAUAUUGGUGCAUAAAAUA